AUGGUAGAGCAAGUUGAUGAAGAGAAUGUAGUUCAAGUUGUCACGAAUAAUGCUUCCCAUUACAAGGCGACAUGUGAGAUGUUAAUGGAGAAACGGAAGAAGUUAUUUUGGACUCCUUAUACAGCUCAUUGCAUAGAUCUUAUACUGGAGGAUUUGGAGAAGAAGAUUAAGGUACAUGAGCUGACGAUAAUGAAGAGUAGGAAGAUCACAACCUUCAUUUACUCGAGAACACUCCUUAUCAUGAUGCUGAAGCAUUUCACAAAGAGUAAAGAAUUGAUUAGACCGGUUGUGACUCGCUUUGCUACUGCUUAUCUGACUUUGGGAUGCCUCUUCGAUAAUAGAAAUGCUCUAAGGACUAUCUAUGAUCCUGUUUGGAAGGUUAUUGAUGAGAGAUGGGAGGUUCAACUUCAUAGGCCUCUACAUGCUGCUGCUUAUUACCUGAAUCUCCAGUUGCAUUUCUCUUCUAAAUUUAGUGCUGAUAGAGAAGUUAUACAUGGAUUAUAUAAGGUUAUGGAUCAGAUGCUAGAUGAUGAAGAGAGGGAUAAGGUUGAUUUGCAGCUAGAGGAAUUCAAACAUGAAAGAUGGCUCUUUGGAUUUUCAUCUGCAAAGUCUAUGAGGUUUAAGAAGACACCGGCAGAUUGGUGGGAGUCAUAUGGUGCCGAUACCCCAGAGUUACAAAGAUUUAGCAUAAGGAUAUUGAGUUUGACCUGUAGCUCUUCGGGAUGUGAGCAUAAUUGGAGUGCUUUUGAAAUGUUGAAAGAUAAGAAGAUCAUGAAGCAAGUUGAUCUUCAAGUGGAGGAAAUUUCUUCCGAUGAUGAAUGGAUUGUCGAAGAGGAGAAAGAGAAUACCGCAACUUUAAGCCAUAAUUUUAACUUGCGUUCUCUUGGUCGUGGGGAUGAUGGUGAUGAAGAGAGUGGAGAUAUUCAAAUUGGCGAUGCAGAUGCAGAGAAUAUGCACACACAAGAGCAUGGCACGGUUGAUGACUUGGAGCUUCCAAAAGAAGAUGAGUUUGAUACUUUGUAUAAUGAUGAUGUAGGUGAUGAUGAAGAUUUGGAUGAAAUUUGA